AUGUCCCGACCUCAGAACGAGUAUAUCGAGCGCUGGCAAAAGCAGCACGGAAAGCGUCUUGACCACGACGAGCGAGUCCGCAAGCGCCAAGCCCGUGAAGUCCAUCAGCAGUCCAAGGAUGCCCAGAAUUUGCGUGGUCUGAGGGCCAAGCUGUACCAGCAGAAGCGCCAUGCCGAGAAGAUCCAGAUGAGGAAGCGCAUCAAGGCGCAGGAGGAGAAGAAUGUCAAGUCUUCCGCGCCCGACGAGCCAUCCAAGACGCCUUUGCCCCAGUAUCUGCUCGACCGUUCCCAGGCCACCAAUGCCAAGGCACUUUCUAGCGCUAUCAAGGAUAAGCGUAAGGAGCAGGCCGCCAAGUUCGCAGUGCCUCUGCCUAAGGUCAAGGGUAUCAGUGAGGAGGAGAUGUUCAAGGUUGUCAACACCGGAAAGAAGACGCAUAAGAAGUCCUGGAAGAGAAUGAUCACGAAGCCCACCUUCGUCGGCAAUGACUUCACCCGAGUUAACCCCAAGCGUGAACGUUUCAUCAGACCCAUGGGUUUGCGUUACAAGAAGGCCAACGUCACACACCCCGAGCUGGGAGUCACUGUUCAACUACCCAUUAUUUCGGUUAAGAAGAACCCCCAGAACCCACUGUAUACUUCUCUGGGUGUUUUGACCAAGGGAACGAUUGUCGAAGUGAACGUUUCGGAACUAGGCCUGGUAACAACCAGUGGACGCGUUGUUUGGGGUAAAUACGCACAGAUCAGUAACAACCCUGAAAACGACGGAUGCGUCAACGCUGUUCUCCUCGUUUAA